CCUUAUUUGACACCUGCUCCUACUGACUAUUAUGCGGUUCACUGUUUUCCUUACCAUGUCUGCCUGGCUUCAAUCCAACCCUGCUGCGAGAUACGAUCGCGCCCAUAAAGUUGUAACACGCCCAGGUGUCCCACCACUCGAAAUGGAUUUGCUCUCAUCACAUGCCCGCUGUGACGAUUAUGCACUCCCCUCCCCCGUGUUACUAACCCCAAGGGCACUCAGGCCCUUGUUGGUGUUUGAUCCCAUAUCCUCACCGAGACGCGUUGAUCUCAUUCCAUCUGAAUGUAAUUACACCUUGUAUCUUCCUGUGCGCUGUGCCGCGGACCAGCGGGAUAACAUUUCGGACAUCUUAAAAAGAACCCUCGUACUCCUCUCUUUGAAUCAGUGCUGUGUGGCUUUGCUGUACGGUAGUAAGUGCACUGACGCUAUUUUAUUGUGUAACUGUA